AUGUGGACACAUUCUCCUGGCGCCCUGCCUUGGUCCAGCGCUAUGAUGGGGAAAGACCCUGGAGUCAAGGCUUGGUGGUGCCUGGAUGGGCUUCCUCAAGGCCCUGGCGAACCAUGGAGAGAACUCUGGAGAUUGGGCUCAGGACCCCUGCGCAGUGUAUCACCACUUUUCUCACCUCCGGCCUGGAACAGCGGGGAUUAUAGAGAUUUACAGAGGAGGAGGGGGAAGAUAGAUGGCUGGAGGGAGAAUCUAGCGUCUUCAGAUAAAGUGGAGAUGUUGCCACCAUCAGGUUUCUCGGGGUUGAUGCCCCCUUCCCACUUCCAAGCUCGGCCCUUUUCAAAUUUGCCAAGAAUGGCUCCCACCUGGCUCUCAGACUUUCCCCUGGUCCAAUCUCCAACCCAUGUCUCGGAGAGGCGGAUGGAUGCUCAGAGGCCUCCAAUGACUGUGUGGGAACAAGAUAUAGCUGUCAAUGUGCAGGGGCCAGGGCGGAGAGGCAGGUCUGUGGAGUUGGAGGGGUCUCAGGCCCUGAGCCAGCAGGCUGAGCUGAUCUCUCGGCAGCUGCGAGAGCUGCGGCGGCUAGAGGAGGAGGUCCGGACCCUACGGGAAACCUCAUUGCAGCAGAAGAUGAGACUGGAGACCCAGGCCAUGGAACUGGAGGCUCUGGCGCAGGCUGAGAAGGCUGGCCAAGCUGAAGCUGAAGGCCUGCGGGCUGCCUUGGCUGGGGCUGAGGUUGUUCGGAAGAACCUGGAAGAGGGAAGCCAGCGAGAGUUAGAGGAGGUUCAGCGGAUGCACCAAGAGCAGCUGUCCUCCUUGACCCAGGCCCACCAGGAGGCUCUUUCCAGUUUGACCAGCAAGGCCGAGAAUUUGGAGAAGUCUCUGAAUAGCCUAGAAAGCAGGAGGGCAGGGGAGGCCAAGGAGCUGGCCACGGCCCAGAAGGAGGCUGAGCUGCUGAGGAAGCAGCUGGCCAAGACUCAAGAAGACUUGGAGGCCCAGGUGACCUUGGUAGAGAAUCUGAGGAAAUAUGUGGGGGAACACGUCUCUCCGGAGGUCUGCCACCAGGCGUGGGAACCUGAGCGAAAGGAGCUUCUGGACACUGUGCAGCACCUGAAGGAGGAGCGGACCAGCCUCCAUGCCACCAAGGAGCUGCUGCAGGUGCGCGUACAGAGCCUCAUGCACAUGCUCACCCUGCAGGAGGAGGAACUGACCAGGAAGGUUCAACCCUCAGACUGCCUGGAGAAUGAAUUUGCUGUGAAGUGCAAGUCCCUGCUGCAGCGCUGGCGAGAGAAGGUGUUCACUCUCAUGGUACAGCUUAAGUCUCAGGAGAUGGAGCACAGAGAUUACAUGAAGCAGCUGCAGGGGCAGGUGGCGGAGCUCCAGGAACAAGUGACGGCCCAGAGCCAGGAGCAGGCCAUCUUGGAGCGCUCCCUCCAGGAUAAAGCGGCAGAAGUGGAGGUGGAACGGAUGGGCGCCAAGUCCCUGCAGAUGGAGCUGAACCGGGCUCAGGAGGCCAGACGGCGGCAGCAGCAGCAGACGGCGUUGGCUGAGGAGCAGCUGAAGCUUGUGACUAGUGCCGUGAGCAGCUCUCAGAUGUGCUUGCAGAGCAACAUGAUAAAGGUGGAGCAGGCUGUGGCCCGGCUUCCCAGCCUCAGCAACAGACUCAGCUACGCCGUGCGCAAGGUCCAUACCAUUCAGGGCCUGAUGGCUCGAAAACUAGCCCUUGCUCAGCUGCAUAAGGAAAGCUGCCCCCCACCCUUACCCCCAACCUCACUAGAUUCAGACAUGAGCCUUGAGUUAGAGCAGCUUCGGGAAGAACGGAACCGCCUGGAUGCAGAACUCCAGCUGAGUGCCCAUCUCAUCCAGCAGGAGGUGGGCCGCGUCCGAGAGCAAGGGGAGGCAGAGUGUCAGCAGCUGAACAAGGUGGCCCAGGAGCUGGAGAAGGAGCUGCAGCGCACCCAGGAGUCCCUGGCCAAUGUGGGACUGCAGCUAGAAGCAGCUCGCCAGAGUCAGCAGGAGAGCACCAAGGAAGCUGCCAGUCUCCGGCAGGAGCUGACCCAGCAGCAGAAGAUCUAUGGACAAGCUCUGCAAGAGAAAGUGGCUGAGGUGGAGACUCGGCUGCGGGAACAGCUCUCAGACACAGAAAGGAGACUGAAUGAGGCUCGGAGGGAGCAGGCCAAGGCUGUGGUCUCCCUGCGCCAGAUCCAGCGCAAAGCCACCCGGGAAAAGGAGCGGAACCAGGAACUCAGACGUCUGCAGGACGAAGCCCGGAAGGAAGAGGGGGAGAGACUGACUCGAAGGGUGCAGGAGCUGGAGCGGGACAAGAACCUCAUGAUGGCCACCUUGCAGCAAGAGGGUCUCCUCUCCCAUUACAAGCAGCAGCGACUGUUGGCGGUUUUUCCCUCCCUGUUGGAUAAGAAGUUUGCGGAGUCCAGCCCGAGGCCUUCAGGAUCCACCGCCUCUGCGCCUGCUGCCACAGCCCGGCCCAUCAGGAGACACACAAGAGGGUCCCUCUCUCUCCUGCUUGAUAACCUGCAGGGCCUAAGUGAGGCCAUCUCCAAGGAGGAAGCUAUUUGCCAAGGGGACAACCAGAACUCUCCUGCUCCCGUCCGUGGUUGAGUGCUAAGCGGCAGAACUCAGAGGGAAGCCAGCCUGGGGCCGGAUCCCCAGGAGGAGAAGAGGAUCCAGGAGAAAUGGAGUGGGGGGGGGGGUGCAGCCCAGCCCCAGCCACCACCCAGCCUGGGGGACAUGAGCAGCCACCGCGUCUGAAUUCUCUUGCACUAAAUAAAGAUGAUUACAGUAGA